AUGGACCUGCUAUUAAAUGUACGUCUUAAGUAUACUGCUGAUCGUUACCGUUUGCAACUCAUAAUUCUCGAUUAUAAUGGUAAAGCAUUAAUUUGUCAUCAACCCAUUAUGUUAACACCGUAUGGUAUAGUUGAUACGAUUUUAUCAAAAGCUCAAAAUACUUUUAAGAUGCAAAAUGAUGACGGUCGUGUACAAGAUAAUUGA